AUGUGGAUUUUGCAAAGGCGAAGAAGGCGAUUGCUGACAACCCUAGCAAUGGUACUGGGCACGGUUAACACCACAUCGACGACGAUAGAGCUACCUAGACGAGGAGGGGAUAUGACCGGUUGAGGAGGACGACGUACCCCCUCGUUUCUUUUGACUGGUGGAAUGAGACUGUAUGUCAGCGGUAUACAGAUCAGUUAUGGAAAGAAAAUUUCCGCAUGUCAAGAGACACUUUUACCAUACUCUGCAACAUACUGCGACCUAACCUUCAACGUCGGGUUACGAACUUUGGAAAUGGCAUGACAGUUGAACAAGUGGUUGGUAUGACCCUGUGGAGGUUGGCAACUUGCUGCGAACUCCGUAGUAUUGGAAAUUUGUUUGGCGUACACAUGUCGACUGUAUGCAGGAGUAUUCAGCAAGUUUGUCAAGCCAUCAUCGACAACAUGUUUAACGACUACAUUGUUUGGCCAACAGUUGAUCGCUUAAGAGCAACUGUGGCAGGCUUCAAUGAGAUCCAUGGAUUCCCACAAUGUGCUGGUGCAAUUGAUGGAUCUCUUAUUCCAAUUAAAGUACCACAUUUCUCUUCAAGCGAUUAUUACAACUGCAAAGGAUCGUAUUCUGUAAUAAUUCAGGCAGUUGUCGACCAUAAACUAAAGUUUACGGAUACAAAUGUUGGCUGGCCGGGAAAAGUGCACGACGCCAUGGUUUUCAGAAAUUCUUCACUCUUUGAAAGAGGUGAAAGUGGACGGUUAUUUCCUAGGUCAACUGUACAAAUGGGAGGAACUGAUGUCCCCAUCUUCAUUAUUGGAGAUCCUGCCUACACGUUACUCCCGUGGCUCAUGAAGCGGUUUUCACAACGUGGCAAUGUGGACAGGAGACACCUGGUAUUUAACUACAAGCUCAGCAAGGCGAGAAUGGUAGUUGAACAAGCGUUUGGGAAUUUAAAAGGUAGAUGGCGCAUACUGAUGCGUAGAAAUGAUUCCCAUAUUUCCAAAAUACUGAUGAUAGUCAACACCUGCUGUGUUCUGCACAACUUUUGUAUUGAGCAGAAUGAUGAUUAUGAUGUGAUACUCAACCAGUUUCCUGAAGAUAUUGAAGAUGAGGUAGCACAAGACAUUCCACUGCCAGAUGCUUUGGGGAUUAGAAAUGCAUUAGUAAACAAUUUACAGUAACACACAACCUUAGUAGCCCGAACAGUAUACAAUGUUUUGGUUUUCACCAUUUCAAUUUGCACUGCUUUCUCUAGCUAGCUGCUAUGCUAUCCAAAUUUGAUUUCUUGCCAAUAAACAAAUAAACCGGAUUCAAGUUAUUUAACAAUAUGCCAAGAUUCUCACUUUAAAUCAGAUAUAAUUAUUAAUCAUCAAAUAUUCUUGUGGAAAUAUAAGCGGUAGGGUUUUUAUCUCUACUCGAAGAUGGCAUUGGCAGCGACAUCGUGGGGCCAUUAUUUUUGUUAUUUAUUACAACAGUAUAUUGCAGAGUGCUAAAAAGCAAUAGGGAGCCUAUGCUGUAUCAAAAAAUGUUUGGCAGUUAUAGGCCUACAAGCAAGAGCAGGACUGUUAGGAAAAUACAAAACUAAAAAAAAAAAUCUUAAUGUACAUAAAAUUUGUAGUAAAAUGUUUAAUACAGUAUAUUUUGCUAAACCUACUGAAGCACCAUUGACAAUUUACAUUUACAUAAAACUAAAAUCCGUACAUUGAAUCUCCCUUUAAAAAAAAUACCUGAAACUGUGACAGCAAAACAUGAACAAAUUACUUUAUUUUUAAGUAAAUAUUGCAUUUUCAUGGAAGUUGUAUAUUGUUUAAAUUAUCUGUUCUGAACUACAAAAUAAACAUAGAUAUAAGCUAUUGUAACUUGUAAUUGUUAAUAUUUUAUUGUUUAGUUAGAUGGUAUAUUACAAAAUUUUUAAAUUAGCUUUGAAUACAAAACACUAAUAGCGCAAUAAAAAGUUGAACCUACUGAAGCACCAUUGGCAACUUAUGUUCACAUAAAUCUACACUGUACAUAGAAGAAACACCUGAAAUUGCGACAGCAAAAUAGGAACCAAUUACUUUAUUUUUAGAUGAAUAUUACAUUUUCAUGGAAGUUAUAUAUUGUUUGAAGUAUCUACUUUAAUAGAUAUAUUACAUUGUAACUUGUGGUUAUUAUUUAAUUGUUUAGUAAUAUGGUCUAUUAUUUUGAAAUGUUUUAAAUUUAACUUCGCAUAACAAAAUACUGUGGUAUUCUUUUUAAGUUGAACAGUAAUUGACUUUAACUAAAUGCUACUUAUAACACCCAAGGUAAUGAAGGAAAUGUGAUUUGUUCUUUGUAUUCUUAAGCACAUUUAAUAUUUGAAAAAAAAAUCGUCAAUAUUGCAUUUGAGUGAGGUAAUUGUUUUUCAAAAUAAAAAUAAAUAUAUUUAUGUAUAAAAUAUAAAAACCUCUUUUCUUCUUACA